CUAAUUUUCCCAAACAAAAACUAAUUUUUUAGAAGUUUUUUUUUGUCACUUUGAUCAUGAGGUAUAGUAUUGAGAUGCUUGUGAGACGAGUUAUAGCGAUACCUCAACACUCGAUUCCUUCUAGCUUCCAUGUUCUUCCUCGCUUUUGCUCCUCUUCUUCUUCUGCAUCGCCUAGUUCCAAGCUGUUCAUCGGAGGGUUAUCGUACUCGGUGGACGAACAAUCUCUGAAAGACGCAUUCUCUUCCUUCGGAGAGGUGGAAGAAGUUAGGAUUGCUUACGACAAGGGAACUGGGAGAUCAAGAGGAUUCGGUUUUGUUGAUUUUGCUGACAAAGACGAUGCUCUUUCUGCAAAACACGCCAUGGAUGGGAAGGGAUUAUUGGGUCGGCCAUUGAGGAUAGGUUUCGCCCUUGAAAGGGUGCGUGGUGGUCCUGUGGUUGUUCAACGUUUUGGGAAACCCAAUAGCGACAGAGAGAAGAAGGUCUUCAAGUGAUGUCUGCAUGAUCUCAUAAGAUCAACCAAAUGACAAUAGUAUACGCUCAUGGUUGGGUCUUUGCUUUAGUUUUGUGGUAUCAAAAUUGGUAGUGCGAAAAACUUUGACGCU